AUGGAUGACUGGGAUGACUGGGAUACCUGCUGUGCGAUAUGUGGCGUGCCAUGGGGCCCUUUCAUGGCCGAAAUUGAGAAUGCUAUGCGCAGUUCAGCAAAGUCCUCGCCUUUUAGUACAACAAAUCUGGGCGAGGGCGAUACGCAUUGGCUACACCAGAACAAUUCCAUGGGCUUAUGGUCUGAUUCGUCCCAUGGCAGCAGGUCAGAAUCCACGUCAGACUGUCUGCUCGUCAUAACUAACAUUGCGUGGAGUGUUUUCUACACUAGAAAAUUCUUUUCAGGAGAAUUCGGGUCCGUGACUCUAAUGGAGUUGGAUUUGGACGGUGAAGAGCCCGAGUAUAUUAGCGACAUUUACUACGGACAAGGCAUGGUAACAUAUCCUUCCUUUACGAGACAGGGACUUGUCGUAUUUCCAUUCCAUGACGCGUGUUUUGAUCUUCUUUCUCGAGUCAUUACAAGUCAAACCGAAUCGCCACUGGACGAAGAGAUUCUCUAUGCCGCUUUCGUCGAAUUGGGAAACGGAGACAAGCCUUGGAUUUUAAACUUGGACUAUGGGGACCCGGCUCCGAAAGGCAAUCCAAAGACAUUUGGUCUCUAUCCCCAAGACCCGACAGUUCAUCACGACUGGUGGAAGAAUUACGGCCACGAGGAGCUGCUCAAAAACCAUGCCAAGAAAGUUGAUCUAUCUGCGUAUCUGGUUCCACGACCCACACUCCAUGCCGAAACAUCCAAGACUCAUCACGCCCUACAUGAUCCAUUCUACGGCUUGCCUGUUGAGAUUCGAGAGCAUAUUCUUGAACUGCUAGAUUUUCGAGGCUUAUUAGCCGUCAGAGCUGCGUCCUACGCAAUGAGGAGUGUCGUCCCCUCAAAUGCGCUCUGGAGGAAGAGCUUUUCGGCCAACAUGCCUUGGCUCUAUGAGAUGGAGGAUCUUCUACGUCGAGGUAAUGAGCACCAAAGUUUCGAUUUAUGUCUAUCGAUGGAAGAGUUGGAGAGAAGGUCAUCAUACCACGACGGCAUUGACGGCUUAGACUUGAUUCUCGCAAACCGCCGACGAGUGUGGUCGAGAUGA